GGCGGACCUGAGCUUGCCGGGGGGAGACCCUAGCUGAGCGCAGGUCACCGGUGGACCCCAGGAAAGUUCCGCACAAGCCGCCGUGUGCCAUGAACGGCCGGAUCUCUCCUCCUCUCGGCGUCCUGGCCUCAGGUGGCACGGAGCGGGCCGCUGCCCCGCAGGAUGGGAAGGCUGUGUCGGGAGUCAGCGCCCCCUCCGGGGGGGCCUCCCCGCCCACCGUGGCGAGGAGCAUUGCUGGGGUGUACCUGGAGGCCUCGGGGCAGACCCAGGGCGUCUACGAGGCCAUGAAGCAGGGCCUCCUGUCCGAGGGGCUGGGGCUGGCUCUGCUGGAGGCUCAGGCGGCUACCGGGGGCCUCGUGGACCCUGCCCAGGGCCGGCUGCUCCCUGUGUCUCAGGCCCUGCGGCAGGGCCUGGUGGGGCUGGAGCUGAAGGAGAGGCUCCUGGCUGCGGAGCGAGCCGUCACCGGCUAUCCCGACCCCUACGGGGGCAGGAAGCUGGCCCUUUUCCAGGCCAUCAGAAAGGAAGUUGUAGACGAGGCCCGUGGGAGGAGCUGGCUGGAGGCCCAGCUGGCCACCGGGGGCCUGGUAGACCCCACCCGGGAGGGGCGGGUAGAUCCCGAGCAGGCCUGCCAACAGGGGCUCCUGGACCGGGAGACAUGGCAUGCGCUGACCGAGCCGGAGCCUACCCUGGAUGCCGCCACUUUCACAGACCCCAAUACCCUCGAGCCCCUGCCCUACCGCACGCUGCUGGGCAGGUGUGUGCAGGCCCCGCGCGCAGGGCUACGCUUGCUGCCCCUCAGGACUGCCUUCCGCACGCUGGCAGGGGCGGCCAGCGUGGCUGAGCUGCGGGAGGCUGGGGUCCUGGAUGAGGAGCUGGCUCAGGGCCUGAGAGAGGGCACGCUGGCCGCGUCAGAGGUGAGCAUGCACCCCGAGGUGCAGCGCUACCUGCAGGGGACCGGCAGCCUGGCGGGGGUGGUCCUGCUGCCCCAAGGCCUCAAGAAGAGCUUCUACCAGGCCAUCGCCGAGCACUUGGUUCCCGAGGGUGCCGCGCUGCAGCUCCUGGAGGCCCAGGCUGCCACCGGCACGCUGGUGGACCCAGCCACGGGCCGGCGGCUGCCGGUGCCCGACGCAGUCAGGGCCGGCCUGGUGGGCCCUGAGCUCCACGAGCCACUCCUGGUGGCGGAGCAGGCGGUCACGGGCUACCAGGACCCCUUCAGCGGCUCCCAGAUCCCUCUCUUCCAGGCCAUGAAGAAAGAGCUGAUCGACCGGCCCCUGGCCCUGCGCCUCCUCGACGCACAGCUGGCCACGGGUGGGCUGGUCUGCCCAGCCCGCAGGCUCCGGGUGCCCCUGGCAGCCGCCCUGCGCUUCAGCUGCCUGGAUGAGGAGACCCAGCAGGCUCUCUCACAGACCCCUGGCUUCUCUGACCCCAGCGCACAUGGCCGCCUGCACUAUGGGCAGCUGCUGGCUCGCUCCGUCACCGACCCCGAGACGGGGCUCGCCCUCCUGCCCCUCCCGGGGGCGCCCUGCGGGGGGGCGCCCCACGGACCCACGUUCAUCGAGCACCGCACCCGGCAGGCCCUGAGCGCAGCCACCACCACUGUGGCCGCCGGCCGGUUCCAGGGCCGGCCCGUGUCCCUCUGGGAACUGCUCUUCUCGGAAGCGGUGCCCGUGGAGCGGAGGGCAGCCCUGGCACGGCAGCACCAAGAGGGGACCCUGGCAGAGGAGGAGCUGGCCGCCGAGCUGAAGACCAUUGUGACGCAGGCGGCGGCCACUGCCAAAGUCACCUUCACCGGGCUGAGGGACACCGUGACGCCUGAAGAACUUCUGAAAGCCAAGAUCAUUGACCAGGAGCUGUUCCAGCAGCUGGAGCAGGGGCAGGCCUCCGCCCAGGACGUGGGCGGCCUGGCCACAGUGCAGAGGUACCUGCAGGGCACGGGCUGCAUCGCAGGCCUGCUGCUGCCGGACUCCCUGGAGCGCCUCAGCAUCUACGAGGCACGCGGCCGGGGGCUCCUCCGGCCCGGCACGGCCCUCGUCCUCCUGGAGGCCCAGGCCGCCACGGGCUUCGUCAUCGACCCCAGGGAAAACAAGAAGCACUCCGUGGAGGAGGCGCUGCGGGCCGGCAUCAUUGGGCCCGAUGUGUUUGCGAAGCUGCUGUCGGCCGAGCGCGCGGUCACCGGCUACACCGACCCCUACUCCGGGGAGCGGAUCUCCCUCUUCCAGGCCAUGCAGAAGGACCUCAUCGUCCGGGACCACGGCAUCCGCCUGCUGGAGGCCCAGAUCGCCACGGGCGGCAUCAUCGACCCGGUGCACAGCCACCGCCUGCCCGUGGACGUGGCCUACCAGCGCGGCUACUUCGACCAGGUGCUGAAUUUGAUCCUCUUGGACCCUUCCGACGACACCAAGGGCUUCUUUGACCCCAACACUCACGAGAACCUGACCUACCUGCAGCUGCUGGAGCGCUGCGUGGAGGACCCGGAGACCGGGCUGCGGCUGCUGCCGCUCAGCCGGGCGCGCCCCCCGCUGGUGGACGGCCCCACGCGCCAGGCCUUCCAGAGCCUGCUGCUGCCCGUGCGCCAUGGCCGCUUCCAGGGGCAGCGGGUGUCCGCGUGGGAGCUGAUCAACUCCGAGUACUUUGGCGAGGCCUGGCGGCGGCGGCUGCUGCAGCAGUUCCGGCAGCGCAGGGUGACGCUGGAGCGGGUGGCGCAGCUGCUGCAGGACGAGUCGAGGAGGUGGGCGGACGUCACGCUGCCUGCGCUGCGGGGCCGGGUCACAGCCUACCAGCUCCUGGAGGCCCGCAUCAUUGACCAGGAGCUCCUUGACCAGGUGCUGGAUGGCAGACUCAGCCCCGACGCCCUCUUCCGCAUGGACGGGGUCCGCCGGUACCUGCAGGGCUUGGGCGUGGUGGGCGGGGUGCUGCUCCAGGCCUCCAACCGGCGGCUCAGCAUCUACCAGGCCAUGAAGCAGAAGCUGCUGCCGCCCGGCGUGGCCCUGGCCCUGCUGGAGGCCCAGGCGGCCACCGGCGGCCUCCGGGACCCCCAUAGUCGGGAGGCCCUGUCAGUGGAGGAGGCUGUGCGCCGGGGGGUGGUGGGGCCAGAGGUGCACGGCAGGCUGCGGCGGGCCGAGGACUCCCUCACGGGCUUCAGGGAUCCCUUCUCUGGGAAGAGAGUGUCCCUGUUCGGGGCCAUGAAGAAGGGCCUGGUCCCUGUGGAUCGGGCCACCCGCUUGCUGGAGGCCCAACUGUCCACCGGAGGGGUCAUCGAUCCCGCCGGCCGCCACCACCUUCCCACACCCGUGGCUGUCCAGCGUGGCUGCCUUGACCAGGAGAUGGAGGCGGCUCUGUGCAGCUCCCCCGAGACGUUCCCCACGCCGGACGGGCAGGGGCUCACCAGCUACGCCCGGCUCCUGGAGCAGAGCCCCUGGGACGAGGCCUCUGGCGUCCGCCUCCUGCCCCUGCCUGAAGAGGCCCCUCCGGUCCCCACCGACGCGCAGGUCCAGCAGACCCUGCAGGCCACCCCCGCAGACGGGGACGGGGACAGGUCCCUCUGGGACCUGCUCGCCUCCUGCCACUUCACGGAGGAGCAGCGCCGGGGCUUCCUGGAGGCGGUGCGGGUGGGGAAGCUGUCCCUGCCGCAGCUGCGGGACGUCCUGAGCAGCCGGGUGAGGGAGUCGGAGCUGCUGGCCCGCGCCCGCAUCGCAGUGCCGGGUCCCCGGGGUGAGGUCCCCGCCGUCUGGCUGCGGGACACGGGCAUCAUCACCCAGGACGCGUUGGAAGCGCUCGCCGAGGGCACGCAGUCACCAGCCGAGGUGGCGGAGCAGCCCGCCGUGAAGGCCUGCCUCUGGGGUACCGGCUGCGUGGCCGGUGUCCUGCUCCAGCCCUCUGACGUGAAGGUGAGCAUUGCCCAGGCCACUAGAGAUGGCCUCCUCCCCGCAGGCCUGGGCCGGAGGCUGCUAGAAGCGCAGGUGGCAUCUGGCUCCCUGAUCGACCCGCUGACCGGCCAGAGACUGCCGGUGGAGGAGGCCGUGAGGGCGGGCCUGGUGGGCCGUGAGCUGAGCGAGCUGCUCAAGCAGGCCGAGAGGGCCGUGGCGGGGUGCACGGACCCCUACUCGGGGAGCGUGCUCUCCUUGUGGCAGGCCGUGGGCAAGGGGCUCGUGCCCCGGAGCGAGGGCCUGCCCCUCCUGCAGGUGCAGCUGGCCACGGGCGGGGUGGUGGACCCAGCGCACGGCGUGCACCUGCCCCAGGCGGUGGCCUGCAGACUGGGGCUCCUGGAUGAGCACACUGCCCAGGCGCUGACGGCCCCUGAGGAGGACAACAAGUUCUUCUUCGACCCCAACACUCGGGACAAGGUCACGUACCAGCAGCUCCGGGAGCGGUGUGUGCGGGAUGCGGCCACCGGCCUGUGGCUCCUGCCGCUCCCCGAGGACGCGGUGCUGGAGGUGGACGAGCACACAGCCGUGGCUCUGAGGGCCAUGAAGGUGCCGGUCAGCAGCGGGCGGUUCCAGGGCCGCAGCGUGGCGCUCUGGGACCUGCUGUGCUCCGAGUACGUGGGUGCCGACAGGCGGCGAGAGCUGGCGGCACUCUGCUGCUCCGGCCGCGCCACGGCCCUGCGGCAGGUGGUCAGCGCUGUAACGGCCCUGGUGGAGGCGGCAGAGACCCAGCCCUCGCAGGCCGCCACCUUCCCGGGCCUGCGGAAACAGGUGUCGGCCAGGGAUCUGUUCCGAUCGCAGCUGAUCAACAAACAGACUCUGGAUGAGCUGAGCCAGGGGAAGAAGACGGUGCAGGAGGUCACUGCGAUGGAGAGCGUGCGGCGGUCCUUGGAGGGAGGCAACUUCAUCGCCGGAGUCCUCGUCCAGGGCUCGGGGGACAAGAUGAGCAUCGCAGAGGCCCUGCGGAGGGGUCUCCUGCGGCCUGGCACCGCCCUGGUGCUCCUGGAGGCCCAGGCCGCCACGGGCUUCAUCAUCGACCCUGUGGAGAACCGGAAGCUGACCGUGGAGGAGGCUUUCCAAGCAGGGAUGUUUGGCAGGGAAACAUAUGUGAAGCUGCUGUCGGCCGAGCGCGCGGUCACCGGCUACACUGACCCCUACUCCGGGGAGCGGAUCUCCCUCUUCCAGGCCAUGCAGAAGGACCUCAUCGUCCGGGACCACGGCAUCCGCCUGCUGGAGGCCCAGAUCGCCACGGGUGGCGUCAUCGACCCGGUGCACAGCCACCGCCUGCCCGUGGACGUGGCCUACCAGCGCGGCUACUUCGACGAGGAGAUGAACCGCAUCCUGGAGGACCCGAGCGAUGACACCAAGGGCUUCUUCGACCCCAACACGCACGAGAACCUGACCUACAGGCAGCUGCUGGAGCGCUGCGUGGAGGACCCGGAGACCGGGCUGUACAUGCUGGAAGUGGGGAAGAGAGGAGAGGCCUGCGCGCACAUCGACGAGGCCGCGAGGCAGGCUCUGCGCUCCAGAGCAGUGGACAUGCACGUGGGCAGGUUUGCUGGGCAGACCGUGUCUGUGUGGGACCUGCUCUCUUCUCAGUACUUUACAGAGGGCCGGAAGAAAGAGCUGCUGCAGGAGUACAAGACCCAGAAGGUGAGCCUGGAGGAGCUGGUGGAGGUUCUCACCAGGACAGUAGAGGGAACCGAGAGACAAAACCAAGCCAUCACGGUGGCAGCCAUCCGCCAGGACGUGACCGCAGCGGAGCUGUUCAACGCUGGGGUCCUGGAUAAGAAGAGUGUGGACGCCCUCCACAAGCAGGACCUCAGCCCCCUGGAGCACGUGAGAGCAUUCCUGGAGGGCUGCGGCUGCAUUGCCGGGGUGAUCGUACCCCUCACCCAGGAAGUCCUGACCUUUGAGGAGGCCGGCCGGGCCGGGCUUGUCCCCGCAGGGUUUGCUGCUCAGAUGCUUGAGGCCCAGGCAGCCUCUGGCUUCCUGAUGGAGCCCCGCACCCACCAGAGACUGACUGUGGACCAGGCCGUGGCCCGUGGCAUUGUGGGUAAAGAGUUUCAGGAAAGGCUGGUGAGGGCUGAGAAGGCCGCCACGGGCUAUGAAGACCCAGCCUCCGGGGAGAUAAUCCCGCUGUUCCAAGCCAUGCGGAAGAAGCUGGUCGGGCAGGAGGAGGCCCUGAGGCUGCUGGAGGUGCAGAUGGCCACCGGGGGCGUGAUUGACCCACGGCACCACCACCGGGUCCCACUGGAGACAGCCUACAGGCGCGGCUGUCUGCACAAGGACAUGCUGGCCCUCCUUACCGACCAGAGACACAUGAGGAGAAGGUUUGUGGAUCCGAACACACAGGAGAAGGUCACGUACAAAGAACUCCAGGACAGGUGCCAGCGGGAGGAGUCCGGCUGGGCGCUGUUCCCACUGGUCAAGGAUGUGAAGGACGCAGACUACGUGGAUGAGGACACCAGGAAGGCACUGGAGGCCGAGCAGGUGGAAAUCACCGUGGGGAGAUACAAAGGCCAGCAGCUGUCAGUGUGGCAGCUGCUGAACUCUGAGUAUGUGAGGGAGGACAGGAAGCUCGAAUUGGUUCGGCUGUACAAAGGAGAUACGGCACGGGCGCUAGAGAAGGUCGUGCAAAUUAUCCUCCAAAUGAUUAGUGAGAAGGAAGCCAGAGGGAGAGAACUGUGGUUCAGGGGCAUCAGAAUGCAGGUGACCGCGGGGGAGCUGCUGAACUCCACCAUCAUCUCCAGGCAGACUCUGUCAGACCUGCAACAGGGCAAGUGCACAGUGCAAGAGAUUGAAAAGAAGGCAGACAUCAGGCGCUACCUGGAGGGCACCGGCUGCAUCGCGGGCAUCCUGGUGCCCGUGCCCGGGGAGCCCGGCCGCCAGGAGAAGAUGAGCGUCUACCAGGCCAUGUGGAAGGGCGUGCUGCGGCCCGGCACCGCCCUGGUGCUCCUGGAGGCCCAGGCGGCCACGGGCUUCAUCAUCGACCCGGUGCAGAACCACAGGCUGUCGGUGGAGGAGGCCGUGGCCGCGGGCGUGGUGGGCGGCGAGAUCCGGGAGAAGCUGCUGUCGGCCGAGCGCGCGGUCACCGGCUACACCGACCCUUACACCGGGGAGCCGAUCUCCCUCUUCCAGGCCAUGCAGAAGGACCUCAUCAUCCGGGACCACGGCAUCCGCCUGCUGGAGGCCCAGAUCGCCACGGGCGGCGUCAUCGACCCGGUGCACAGCCACCGCCUGCCCGUGGAUGUGGCCUACCAGCGCGGCUACUUCGACGAGGAGAUGAACCGCGUCCUGGAGGACCCAAGCGACGACACCAAGGGCUUCUUUGACCCCAACACGCACGAGAACCUGACCUACAGGCAGCUGCUGGAGCGCUGCGUGUGGGACCCGGAGACCGGGCUGUACAUGCUGCAGCUGGCGGGCCAGGGCUCCGCCGUGCACCAGCUGGGCGAGGAGCUGCGGGGCGCCCUGCAUGACGCCCGCCUGACUCUCACCUCGGGCCGCAGCGUGUCGGUGUGGGAGCUCCUGUUCUACAGCCAGGUGCCGGAGGCCGUGCGCCAGGACCUGCUUCUCCGGAUGCAGGCGGGCACGCUGACCGUGCAGGACGCGAGCGCCAGCCUGACCUCGCUGCUGGCCCAGGCCGAGGACCGGCGAGCAGCGCUGAGCGAGGUCACCAUGGAGGUCAAGGUGGGCAGCCUCCAGGGACCUGCGGUGCCCGUGUGGGACGUGCUGGCGUCUGGCGAUGUGAGCCAGGCCGCCCGAGAAGAACUGCUGUCCCAGUUCAGGUCAGGGGCACUGGGCCUGCCCGCCCUGACCCGCAGGCUGACCACCAUCCUUCAGGAGGCCCAGGAGGACGUACCCAAGACAGGGUGCACAAGACCCAGCCGGCAGGGGCCCGGCUCUCAGCCUGGGUCGGGGGUCAGUUCCUCGGGGCUUUCCCUAGCAGGGACCGAGGCUGAGGCCACCCACGGGCAGCAGGAGCAGGCUCUGCGGGCAGUCACCGUGGAGGUCCGCUCAGGUCCACUGCGGGGCCAGUCUGUGUCCGCAUGGGACAUCCUCUUCUCUGCGUACCUGAGCCAGACCCACCGUGAUGAGCUCCUGGCCCAGCUGGCCACCGGCUCCCUGCAGCCAGCCCAGCUCACCUCCAUCCUGGCCCAGCUGGUGGAGGAGACUGAGGCGCGGCUCAGCAAGGUGAGCUUCCGCGGCUUGAGGCGCCAGGUGUCUGCGUCCGAGCUGCACACCUCGGGGAUCCUGGGUCCCGACACCCUGCGGGAUCUGGCCCAGGGCACUGCAACCCUACAGGAGGUGACGGAGAUGGACACAGUCAGGCGCUACCUGGAGGGCACCGGCUGCAUCGCGGGCAUCCUGGUGCCCGUGCCCGGGGAGCCCGGCCGCCAGGAGAAGAUGAGCGUCUACCAGGCCAUGUGGAAGGGCGUGCUGCGGCCCGGCACCGCCCUGGUGCUCCUGGAGGCCCAGGCGGCCACGGGCUUCAUCAUCGACCCGGUGCAGAACCGCAGGCUGUCGGUGGAGGAGGCCGUGGCCGCGGGCGUGGUAGGCGGCGAGAUCCGGGAGAAGCUGCUGUCGGCCGAGCGCGCGGUCACCGGCUACACCGACCCCUACACCGGGGAGCGGAUCUCCCUCUUCCAGGCCAUGCAGAAGGACCUCAUCGUCCGGAACCACGGCAUCCGCCUGCUGGAGGCCCAGAUCGCCACGGGCGGCGUCAUCGACCCGGUGCACAGCCACCGCCUGCCCGUGGAUGUGGCCUACCAGCGUGGCUACUUCGACGAGGAGAUGAACCGCAUCCUGGAGGACCCGAGCGAUGACACCAAGGGCUUCUUUGACCCCAACACGCACGAGAACCUGACCUACAGGCAGCUCAUACAGAGAGCCACCGUGGACCGGGAGACCGGGCUUCUGUUCCUCUGUCUGUCCCAGCGCUGAGGAGUGUUUUCUUUUUUCCCUCUCACUUGAUGAGAUGUGACAAUAAAGCUACAUUUUAAAAAAUGUUUUCAUUCUUCCUAUCUUGAUUCUUGGAUCUUUGUAUUCCAUUA